AUGAAAAGAAAAUCAGGUUUAAACAAAGACAACGAAUUAUAUCAAUGUGACUUUUGUUUAUUUACUUGUCAAACAACAACUCAAAUGGAAUGUCACAUGAGAUUAAACCAUUCAUUUAUUUGUUCAUGUUGUCAUCGUAACUUCUCUAAUGAAAAGUAUCUUGACAUUCAUUUAUGUGAGGUUCAUGACUCUUUCUUUAAGGUUAGUUCAUUGGUUCAUCCAUCAUACCAAUGUUAUGUACUUGAUUGUCAUUUCUUGUCUCUUACAAAUGAAGAAAGAACGAAUCAUAUGAAGUUAGUACAUCACUGGAACAAUAUCACAGUUGAAUCAAUGUUUAAUAUGAUUCAUUCAGUAGUUUCUCUUUAUUAAUAUAAUUUAAAUGAUAAAUAA